UAGUGAAGCGGCAGCCUCCUGCUGCUGUUGGUAAUGAUAUGCGCAACACACAUUGAUCCAAUUUUCUCCAGGGAUGGAUAUUAUUAUUAUAACAGAAAGACGGUGACUGGAGAAACAUUGUCCUUGCGUUCAACUUCCAACCGGCCGGCCACUUUCAUUGCCAGCAACGCGUGAUCAUAUGAUUCUUCACAGUAGGCUACACUUUUGAUGCAAGUAGGAAAUCUUUCGAAAUACCGCAGCCUCUUCCGCUACACACCAGUGAAACUGAAUGCAUGUGAGACGUGCAUGCCGUAAAAUGUAAACGGUGUCCAUUGAGAACGAUCACACGGUCUAACCCGCCUCCGUCUCGACCCAAACUGGCUUUGGGAAUCGAUCAGAGCGCGUGCGGUACACAACCCACAGCGGCGGCGGCGACAGUCACUACUCUGCACGCCUCAGACUGGCGGGCUGCUGCUCGGGGACUAUGGAGGGGAAAUCUAAGGAUGACACCGCUAAAGACCAAGAAGGAGCAUCGUCGUCCUCUCAUCGCAAAAUAUGGAAACAUUUUCCAAAACCUUUUCUGAGUCCAAAACUCCGACGCAGUGGGGAAAGCAAAAAAGAAUCCGGUUUGUGGAUGUUUAAACGGAAGAAGAAACAGGUUUUAGACCGAGUGUUUUCAUCUUCUCAGCCGAAUCUCAGUUGCUCUACCCCAGCGCGCUUCGAAGGUGAUAAGUCCCUCUGCGGUAAACUGGACCCUGGAAGUGCAUCGGGACUGUCUGUGUCACCACUUGUCACGGCAGAUGUGGAAUCUACAUCCAGGCUUCAGCUGCCCGGGCAUGGAAGUCCUAAGCUCGCCUUGUCACAUUUGGUGAUGUCCCACCAGAAGAGCUCGUCCUUGGGCUCUGCGUGCUUCGAGAAACUGGUGGUAGACUCCGGAGCCAGCAGUGAAGAUGAACUCGGAAAACAUGCGAGUGAUUCUGGGAUUAACAUUGUGGAGCCGAGUAAUGCAGAGCCCCCUCCGCCUCCACCACCUCCUCCUGCGCCUCCUGCUCCGCCGAAGCCCGCCAUGUACCAGCUGGACAUCACGCUCAAGAAGGGCAACAACCUGGCCAUCAGGGACAGAGGAGGAACAAGUGACCCCUAUGUGAAGUUCAAGUUAGGAGGGAAGGAGGUGUUUCGCAGCAAGACCAUCCACAAGAACCUGAACCCCGUGUGGGAGGAGAAGCUCACUCUGCUGGUGGACACCCUGAGAGAGCCGCUCUAUGUCAAGGUCUUCGAUUAUGACUUUGGCCUACAGGAUGACUUCAUGGGCUCUGCUUACUUCUAUCUGGAGUCCCUUGAGCUUCAGAGAUCCCUGGACGUGACCCUUGACCUUGAGGACCCCCACUACCCUGACCACGACCUGGGCACCCUGGACCUGUCCGUCACUGUGACCCCCAAGGAAGGGGACCUCCGAGACCCUACCAUGCUUUUGAGACGGAGCUGGAAAAGGUCCAGUAAGCAUCAGCAAAGCCUGCGUCUGUCCGACGUGCACCGGAAGGCUCAGCUGUGGAGAGGCAUCGUGAGCAUCAGCCUGAUCGAGGCCCGCGGCCUGCAGCCCAUGGACAGCAACGGCUACAGUGACCCCUACGUCAAGUUCAGGAUGGGCCACCAGAAGUACAAGAGCAAGACGAUACCCAAGACCCUGAACCCCCAGUGGAGGGAGCAGUUUGACUUCCACCUCUAUGAGGAGCACGGCGGCUUUAUCGACAUCACCGUCUGGGACAAAGACACGGGCAAGAGGGACGACUUCAUGGGCAGGUGCCAGAUUGACCUGUGCCAGCUGACACGGGAGCAUACCCACCGGCUGGACCUGCCGCUGGAGGAGGGCGAGGGCACGCUGGUGCUGCUGGUCACCCUCACCGCCUCCGCCGCCGUCUCCAUCUCAGACCUCUCCAUCAACAUCCUCGACGACCCCCACGAACGACACCAGAUCAUGCAGAGAUACAGUUUGCUCAAGUCCUUCCACAACAUCAAAGACGUGGGGGUUGUCCAGGUGAAGGUGAUUCGCGCUGAGGGACUCAUGGCCGCUGACGUCACAGGGAAGAGUGACCCUUUCUGUGUGGUGGAGCUCAGUAAUGACCGGCUGCAGACCCACACGGUCUACAAGAACCUCAACCCCGAGUGGAACAAGGUCUUCACCUUCAAUGUGAAAGACAUCCAUGCGGUGCUGGAGGUCACUGUUUACGAUGAGGACCGAGACCGCAGUGCCGACUUCCUGGGCAAAGUGGCCAUUCCGCUCCUCAACAUCCACAACGGCGAGAGGAAAGCCUACGCCUUGAAAAGCAAGGAGCUGACAGGGCCAACAAAGGGGGUCAUCUUUCUGGAAAUAGACGUGAUCUAUAACGCCAUAAAAGCCGGCAUGCGAACGCUGGUGCCCAUUGAGCAGAAGUACAUUGAAGAGGAGCCCCGCGUCUCUAAACAGCUCCUGCUGCAGAACUUCAACCGCGUGCGGCGCUGCAUCAUGGUCCUCAUCAACGCUGGCUGCUACAUCAACAGCUGCUUCGAGUGGGAGUCGCCGCAGAGGAGCAUCUUCGCCUUUGUGUUCUUUGUGCUUGUUGUGUGGAACUUUGAGCUCUACAUGAUUCCAUUGACGCUCCUACUGCCACUCGUCUGGAACUAUAUUCUCAUCUCCUCGGGGAAGGACACCAGGCAGGGCGAUGUGCAAAUGGUGGAGGACCUACUGGAGGAUGACGAUGAAGACUUUGACAAAGAUGACAAGGUCCCGGGUUCUGUGCGCCCCGAUAGCCAUAUCCUCGAGGAUAUGUUGGCCUCCUGGCACUUUGAGUGGAUUCGCGUGAUGGUGGACUCGGAGAGAAAGGGCUUCAUGAACAAGCUGUAUGCCAUCCAGGACGUGUGCAUCAGUGUGCAGAAUGCCCUGGAUGAAGUGGCCUCCUACGGAGAGAGGAUAAAGAACACUUUCAACUGGACCGUGCCUUUCCUGAGCUGGCUGGCCAUCGUGACUCUGUGUGUGGCCACUCUCGUCAUCUACUUCAUCCCCCUCAGAUACCUGGUGCUGGCAUGGGGGGUUAACAAGUUCACCAAGAAGCUGCGUGACCCCUACACCAUAGACAACAACGAGCUGCUGGACUACCUCUCCAGGGUCCCCUCAGACGUCCAAGUGGUGCAGUAUCGAGAGCUGAAACUGGAACCCGGCCCUAGCCCAAAUAAAAGAAAGAAAAAUAACCCAGGAUAGCUGCUUCCCGCCACCCCGUCACCCCGGACUUCUGCGUUUAUAACCCUCCUCCUGUGGAGUCAUUCCCAGCAACAUGUUGCCAAGGAGGAGAAGAAGAAGAAUCGAACUGAGCUGGGCUGGAGGAGAGAAGAACACUUUCUUUCCUUUCCCAUCCCGCCAACACCCCUCAACAACCACCAUCAUUGUUUGGCCCUCCAUUUUUACAAAUGGACGUCCAAUUGCAAAACAAGGGCCAUUUUGGUGUCAUCUUUCAUGUUAUGGAAAAGGCGGCAUUGUGACAGUGACACCAUGUCCGUAAUGCCACACAGUGACAUGGUGUUUUAUCAGCUCCGAUUUCUAUGGGGUGAGAUGCUGUUAUCUGUUUCAACCAGAGGCAUCACUAUACAUACCGUAGGUCAUCAUGAAACCUAACAACAUUGACCACGUUUUUUGGAUACCUUGUUGUUGAUGUACUUUAUUUGCCAUGUUUCAACUUCUAAACAACGAUAAUUGAAUUGUUUCUUUUUUUAACACGGUGGAUUCUUCAAUUUUAGAAUUCAUUUUAAUAGUUUACAAAAUGAAGAGAAGAAGGGGGAAACGCGUCGGCCUGAGCAUCUGGUUUUUACAUUGACUUUGAUGGACCUAACUGUACUGUACUGUCUUUUUAUUUUGUGGUAGUGGAGAAUGCCAGCCUUGGUUUGGAGCCUGCAUGUAAACAAUAGCCUUAGAGAUACUCUUUCUCUCUGCCAGCCGUGACAUUUAGUACCACACAAGCGCUCCCAAUAGAGUGCCAGCUCUGUCUCUCUCUCUCUUUUCUUCGCUCCCGGGUUAAAAGAGACCAAAUGGCCAGUGUGAAGCCUGCCCAGAGAGAGAGAGAGUGACACAGAGAGAGAGAGAGAGAGAGAGAGAGAGAGACAGAGUGUCAUAGAGGAGAGAGGGAGAUUGUUACAACAGCAGCCCCUUGUGAUAAUAUGGACCCCAUCGGGCUGUAUUUCAGAGCCUUCAUCAGGCAUCAAACGAACCCCCACCAC